AUGAGCGUCCGCGUGCUUGCCCGCAUACGACCCCUGCUCAAGAGCGAGCUCGACAAGGACACCAUUGUUACCGCCGAGAGCGCCACUGGGGAUGAAAACUCGCCUCCCAACGUCAUUCGAAUCCCUAAUCCCAAGAAUGAGGCCGAGUCCUUCAGUUUCCAGUUCCAGGGCGUCUACGACCGCGCCACCACCCAACAAGAGUUGUUUGACAAGGAGGUAUCUCCCACUGUCAAACACCUCUUCAAUGGCUUCGAUGUCACAAUCUUCGCCUACGGCGUUACCGGCACCGGCAAGACCCAUACCAUGCGUGGCGGGAAAUCCUUGGCAGACCGCGGAGUCAUUCCUCGCCUGCUCAGUUCUAUAUACCGUCGCUGCCGGAAGCUCGAGAAAGAUGGGGAAACCCAGGUGGAGGUGUCGCUGAGUUAUUAUGAAAUUUACAACGACCGUGUUUACGACCUUUUCGAGCCCCCGGAAAAGCGCACUGCAGCGGGCCUGCCCAUCCGGGAUAACCAUGGCAAGACUGUGGUCGUUGGUCUUACUGAGCGGCCUUGCACCACUUUGAAAGAUUUUGAGAAGCUCUACGACGAGGCCAACAUGAACCGGUCUACCUCUGCAACGAAACUAAACGCCCAUUCCUCGCGAUCCCACGCUAUAUUAUGCGUCCAGGUUACGCAAACGACAGCGACCCAUACCCGCGUCUCGAAAGUCUCCUGUAUCGACCUUGCCGGGUCCGAGGACAACCGGAGAACAGACAACAACCGGGAACGCCUGGUCGAGUCUUCCGCAAUCAACAAAUCUCUGUUUGUACUAGCGCAGUGCGUCGAGGCCAUCAGCAAGAAACAUUCAAGGAUACCGUACAGGGAGUCCAAGAUGACCCGCAUCCUAUCUUUGGGUCAGAACAAUGGCCUCACUCUCAUGGUUCUGAAUCUCGCGCCAGUGCGCUCGUACCACCUUGAUACCUUGAGCUCCCUGAAUUUUGCCAAUCGGACUAAGAAGAUUGAGGUUGCCGAGGUUGAGAAUGAAGCCGUCCUCCGUGGGCCACCGAAAACUACAUCGAGCAUCGCCGGCGCCAGCCUGCAGCAGCGCCAGCCGCUGAGGGCGCUGGCUGCCGCGACGAACGUGAACAUCGCACACAGCUACGUGCAGCCGAAAAAGACUGACAAGCCAGCCAAGGCUUUCUCCGUGUACUCGGACAAACACAGGAUGCACAGCUCGGGCUACGGCAAGCCGACGGCAUUGCAGAGCGGCCUCUCGAAGGAGGCAAUCGAAGCCCUCAUCGAGCGUCGGCUAGACGAGAAGUUGGCCGAGCGUGCUCUCAAUGAGUCCUCCACCAUUCAGACUCAGGACAUCAGCGAAGCGGUGAGGCAACGAUUGGAGGCUUUGGAGGAGCGCGUCGAUGUUUCUGCGCUCAAGAUGUACCAGCUGGCACUGCCGCAUUUCCCAGAGAAUGAGAAACUCAGCCAGAAGAUUGUCAACCUGCAGGAGAAGAUUCGCCUGAAGAAGGAGGCGGCGAAGUCUUCCGCUGCACCCGACUCCAGCUUGGAAUUCAUGAAUCAGGAGCAUGUGCCUGCACACCCCCCAAAGCCCACCACCCGCGACGCCGAUCACGACGCCUCCGAGGCCGAAGUCGACGGCCACGACGACUCGUUCGUCCCGGAGGACGAUGGUGCCGCAUCUGACUACCAAGAAGAAGACAGCUUCGUCUACAAGCCCAAAGCCAAAGCGCCCAAGAAGCCGAAGAUGAAGAUCUUCCGCGACAACAGCAGCAGUGGCCUCGACGUCUCUCCUUCAAUUCCCACCGGCAGCACCCUCACACCCCGCACCCAGCGCCUGCUCAACAUCAUCAACACGCGCGAGGUCUCGCAAAUCCGACUUCUCAAAGGCGUUGGCGCCAAGAAAGCCGAGGCCAUCGUCAAUUCGCUAUGCGAGAUGGACGGUCGCGGCGCCGACGAGUGGCUGAUCACAGACUUGGAGCAGCUGGGCGGGUUGAGGGGCGUAGGGUUAAAGACGGUCGAGAAUAUGAGGGCCGGGCUGGCUUGUUAA